GCUUCCUGUAAUAUUUCCUUAUCUCUGUAAAAAUGUUUGGAUAAGCUGCUAUGAAGAGCGAACUACGGAAUGGGGAUUCGCCGUGGCUGCCUGCCAAAAGGUCGUGCCUCGGUCGUCUGUCGUCGUUAGAGGUAUUUCUGUUCGUACUCGUCUUAUUGUUAUUGCUCGUUCUUGGAGCAGUAUUGUUUUGUUGGUUAAUUUUGCUUGAGGGAUACCGAACGUUUAACGAAGGUCUCCCGUUCUAUGCAGCCUCGUUCGAGAACUCAUCCGUUGGGGUGGAUCGGUCGGCGACGAAUCACAACGGUGUUGUGUGCACAUCACGAGAGUGCGUUACGAUAGCCGGAUUUUUGGCUGGCAAUCUCAAUGAUAAGGUGGAUCCGUGUGAUGAUUUCUACGAAUUCGCUUGCGGUAACUAUGGCCUCAACAGGAACCUACCCGCUAGUAAACCACUACGACAUACGAUUAGCGAUGUUCAAAGUAGGCUCAACAAACAAGUGAAGAGCAUAUUGCAGAUGCCGAUCUUGGACAGUGAGUCGAAAUGGGACCGGCUUGCCAAAGGCUACUACCAGAAGUGCCUAGAUGAAGAAGAGCUAGAAAAGACGGGGUUGAUAGCCAUCAAAGAUAUAGUGGAUCGAGUAGGAGGAUGGCCAGUUCUGGAGGGAGAAAAAUGGAAAGAAUGGAACUAUACCUGGGAAGAACAAUUAGCUCUAGUCAUGAAUAAAAGCGGUCUAAAUGCUGUCAUACUUGAAUUGGCUGUCACUCAUGAUCCAUCCAACAGUUCCAAUAGCGUUAUUGAGAUUGACCAGCCUAAAUGGGGAGUCGGAUCUCGAUGGCCGUAUUUGAUGGGGCCCAACGAUCCAAUGCUGAAGAAUUACACGCAUCUGAUGACUGUGACGGCUAAAGCUUUGGGGGCAGAACCAAAACUAGCUGAGCGAGAGAUGUAUGAAGCUAUGGAGCUUGAGCUAAAAUUGGUGAACUUCUCCGCUGAUGACAUGGUCCGACGAGAUCCAGACAGAGGAAAUAAUCGCUUCCAACUUUGGCAGCUGAAAACUCAAUUCCCUUUGAUAGAUUUCGAGAAAUAUAUAAUGGCAGUUUUCAAAGGCUUAGCAAAUGUGUCACAAAACCAUACGGUCAUUAUUCGGGAGGUGGACUAUUUUGCUGGCAUCCAGCAUAUCUUAACCACUACGCCAAAGAGGGUUAUAGCAAAUUACAUAACUUGGAGACUCGUUCAAGGUUUAUCACCAUUCUUACCACCAACUGCUAGAGAGCCAUUUUAUCAGUUCAAAGCAAAUCAAACUGGAAUGUUCAAUAGUCCAUCGCCUGAUCGAUGGGAAGAUUGUGUGAUGUUGUCGGUGAUUAUGAUGGAUAUGCCCGUGGGAAAGCUGUUUGUCGAGCAUUUCUUUGAACGGGAACGGGCCAUGAUUAAGAUGCGUGAACUCACUGGCUUCCUGAAAAACGAAUUCAUCAAACAACUUUAUGUGCUCGACUGGAUGGACGAGUCAACGCGACGGCGAGCCAUCGAAAAAGCUAAUAUGAUCGAGUACAAAAAUGGUUUCCCUGAAGUACUGUUCAAUGAUACAUGGAUGAAUCAACACUGGGGAAUAAUCAUUGAACCAAAGGAGUAUCUACUGCAUCUGACAAUAAGGAUAAAGCUAGCUCGGUAUGCAGAGGAGCUCAUGAGGCUCGAUCAACCAUUGGACAGAACAAUGUGGUACCAAAGCCCAGCGCAAGUGGACGCCUAUUAUGCACCAAAUAAUAACGAAAUGAUCUUUCCUGCUGGCAUCAUGCAGUUCCCAUUCCUGACCCUUGGAGUACCCAAUUAUAUCACGUAUGGAAUGGUUGGUGCUGUCAUCGGACAUGAAGUUUCACAUGCUUUCGAUGAUCAAGGUGGCAGAUAUGAUGAACUAGGCAACUUAAACGAUUGGUGGGACACGGAAACGGCUGAGAAAUUCGCUGAGAAAACGAGGUGUUUUGUCCGGCAGUAUGGAGCAGUAAAGGUGGCGGAAGCAGGAAUUCACCUCAAUGGACAGCUUAGCCUUGGCGAAAAUAUAGCAGACAAUGGAGGCGUAAAAACUGCAUUUAAUGCAUAUAAAGCCUGGCGAGCUAACACUUCUGCCGAAGAGCCAGCCCUUCCAGGUUUCCAAAAUUUCACAAGUGAACAGAUGUUCUUCCUUGCGUAUGCUAAUAACUGGUGUUCGGUGAUUCGACCAAAGCAUUACGUCCAAAUCAUCAUGACGGACGUGCAUGCGCCCAGUAAAUAUCGCGCAACGAUCCCGCUGCGAAAUCGCAUCGAAUUCGCCAAUGCGUUCCAUUGUGCCCGAGGAACACCGAUGAACCCCGAAGACAAGUGUCAGGUGUGGUAAGAAAAUCAAAGACAUGGUUAUCUUUGUCCAGCACCACCAUAGCACUUGUGACCGAAGUCGCCCAGUGAUGUACAAAUUUUUUGCAGUGCAUUUAUGUCUAAGCUUUUUCUAAUCAAUCAAUCCUUCUGAACUACUCUUCCCUAUUUUACUGUUUCUUGGUUUGAAAGUCAUUCUAGUCAUCUUCUUCACAUGUG